UUGUGCCAUUUUCUGAGAUGAAAAUAUGUGGCUCGGUUGAGGGUUUAAGGGGUAGUUUAGACAAUCUUUCUUUAGUGCAGCAGUUUAGAUGGAUGCAGUGAGAAUCAGCCUUUUAUUGCUUCUGCCAUUCUUUGCCUGCUCUGAGGACAGUGAAGUGACUCUUGUGAAAACAGUCGGGAAUGAACCAGAUCUUACUCCACUCUGCAACAAUGAAACAUCGAAUAACAUCAUGCUCAUAGUGUGUAGAAUCAGAACAGAGAGAAACAAAGGAGAGGAGUGCAGUCUGCUGUACAGGGAAGGAGGCGAGUUUGUCCAUCAGUGUGACUCCAGAUUCACCCUCAGAACAUGGAAUGACACUGUGUUUCUGCACUUGACCAAUUUAACAGCAGCUGAUAGUGGGAACUACACCUGUGAGUGUUCAAAUAUUGAUGGAACCUAUAUUCACCAUCUCAAUAUAACAGUUAAAGAUAAUGGAGAAGAUGACAUUUGGGAAGUUUGGAGUCAUUAUUCAAGAGUGAUCCUUCUUUCUGCUCUGACUGCUGCAGUUAUUUUUAUACUUUUGGUUAUUCUGGGAUUUUUCCACAGAAGAUGUUACAAUCGAGAGGAACCAGAAUCACCCACUUACAGUCCAAAUGAGGAUUUGGUUUUAGUUGAGCCAUACAGCACCUUCAUUCAGAAAGAAAAUGUACUUUAUUCAACAGCCUUAUUGCAAAACUAUGAAAUCAGUUCUGAAUAUCAUAAUACCCUGACUUAAUUCAAAGAUGAACAUCUUUCUAUUGAACAGAGACAUACAAUCUUUGUUUUCCUCACUACCUGACCUUAAGUAACAUUAAAUGAGAUGAAAGUGAA